AUGUCGCUGGCCCAGGCACUUGAGCAAGAUCGCAAGGAGAUCUUGCAGCUGCUCGACGGCCAGAAAUCCUCCAAGGCCUCUCACUCUCAUGCGGAGCGCCGCACUAGCCCCGCGCCGGCUAGCCGAAGCAAGCAGCAAGACUCGUCGUCAGGCCCCGCCCGCCAGCGUGCUGGGCCUAUUGCAGCCUUGAGCAAGAUCCCACUCGCUGCUGCCCGGCGCGCCUCUAUGAGCAGCCCGUUGGCCAGCUCGUCGCCCUGGACAAACACCCUGCUGUCUGAGUGGGAUGACAGCAUCUACGACACUGACGCCGAUGAGCCCGAGCAGGAGCGUCGCUCGUCCGACAGCGUCAGCGAGCUGGCACAUGCACGCAGGAAGAAGGAGCUGGAAGAUCGCGACAUUGACAUUGACGCUGGCUAUCUCUUUGGCAUGCAGGGAAGCGUUCCCCACUUCGCGUCCGCCAGACACUCUACAAAAGGAGGUAAGGGGCUGACGUUUGUCCACUUCUGCAUAGUGCGAGACUCCCGCAGACCGUCAAAUGCAGCCGAUGCACACCAAUCCGUGAAACCCACACAUCCCAGUCGCUACCUAACAACCGCCCGAAAAUUCAUCGGCAUGGGGCACGAUAACAAGGAGUCGCCAGACGUUGCGCCCGGCUCCGAUGGAGGUGUGUCGACCGCUAUCAGUUUCGACCGGAGCACGACGGGCGACGACGACAGAAAUGUACGGCUUGCGAAAGACACAGUCGAUGGCGCUGACGAUAACUCCGAUUCUGCCGAUAGUAGCGGCGAUGCAGACACCAGUUCCGACGAUGAAGCCUUUGAUAUUCGCAAGGGCCCGGCCAAGCCCCGUGGGAGGAGUAAAGAAAAGGUUGAGCCUUCUCCAGGGACGUCGCCAGCGCCAUCUCCAAUGCCGCCGGGUGGUUGGAGUGGAAAGCGCGGACCGGGUCCGUUGCCUCCCGGGAGUCCUCGGGUGGGCGGUGCGCUGAGUCUGUUUAACGAGCUCGAGGAAGAACGAGAACUCAACGGCCCGCUAGUUACACAUCGAGGAGCAAAUGGGCGAAGAACCGUUCUUUCGCCAGGGCCCAGACGGACAACAUUGUCGCCAGGAGCCAGGCGGUCUGGCGUUCACCCUCAUACCAGUUUUGAUCAUAACGGAUCUGGGAUGAGCACACCAGUGGGCUCUGACGAUGAAGAAGACCUUUCGGAUCUGAAACAAGCCCAAAAUCUGAGCAUCCAUCUAUCAUCCGUCGACACAUCCAUUCCAGAUCGAGCAAUUCGAACCAUCAUCCGCGGCGACUUCCCUCGUCUACAGCAAGAAGCUGAAAAAGGAUCUCGACGGCAGCGGAAAUACUUGGUUGCUACAGAUCUUAGUGAGGAAUCCGUCUAUGCUUUAGAGUGGACAAUUGGAACGAUCCUGCGUGAUGGAGAUACGCUAUUCGCUGUUAACGCGGUCGCCGAUGAGAAUGCCUCUGGCGUCGAUCUUAAUACAUGCGUGCAAAUUGGCGAUGGCGCGACCGUCAUCAAACACACGACUGAUGUUGUAGGCAAGCAAACCGAGAAAACGGCACUCAAAUACCAAGCCUCGUCUAGCUUACUCCCCAACGCUCUAGCAGCCUACUUCGGCAACGACAGCAAGGCUACUUCGCGGAAUAACUCUGUUGAUUCGCGUACAUUGUCGCGAGCCGAGCAAGACCGCUCUCGUGCGAUUGAAGAUAUUUCAGAUACCUGUGUUCGCCUAUUGAGGAAGACGAUGCUGCAAGUACGCGUUGCAGUUGAGGUUAUCCAUUGUCGUAGUCCAAAGCAUCUGCUGACAGAGGCUAUCGACGGACUAGACCCUACUCUAGUGAUUCUCGGAUCCCGAGGUCGCAGUGCUCUGAAAGGAGUAUUACUCGGCUCAUUCUCGAACUACCUCGUAACAAAAUCUUCCGUCCCGGUAAUGGUCGCUCGCAAGAAGCUGCGAAAGCAAUCUAAAAAGACCCGCAUUCGACUAUCGAACAACCUUACCAUCUCAAAAGGACUCGCUGGAGCCAAGAUAGAUUGA